GAGGCGCGAGCGACAUCGUCGUCGUCCUCGAUCGUUCCCCCUCGACCCCUCCUCAAUCCCCCUCCCCCAUGGCGACGACGCUGCGAAGAGCUCUCCUCCGACUCCGCCCCGAAACCCUAACCCUCCUGAAGCCCUUCCACGAUCCCACCGUCCCCGCGCGAUCGCCCCCCCGAUGCCUCCUCAGGGUUCUUCCUGUUGGAUCGAUCUCCCGCUUCUCCUCCAAUGGCAUUGGCGGUGGAUCGACCGAAUUGGACCUUUCCGACGAGGAGAGCAAGCGGCGCCUCUACAACAGAUUACUGUAUAGGAGCAAGCAGAGGGGGUUUCUGGAGCUAGACCUGGUGUUGGGGAAUUGGGUGGAGGAGAACAUCCGUUCCAUGGAUGAGCUGCGGAUCAGAGCACUUGUCGACGUUCUUGACCUGGAGAACCCAGAAUUAUGGAAGUGGCUGACCGGCCAGGAGCAACCGCCGGAAGCUGUAAACUCAAAUCCAGUAUUUAGUGCCGUCCGAUCGAAGGUCAUACAAAAUCUCGACAAGCAUGCCGCCCCCGAGACUCGGUCGAGCCCCGGCCGGCCGUGGGUGAGGGGAUGGGACGAUAAGAGAGGCGUCGACGGGCGUCCAAUAUAUGGUAACCAGUGACUGCUAUCCUUUUUCUUCUUCGUCUCUCCCUCUCUUUACACCACCAUGUAUUAUUACAUACAGAAAAGCUAUGUUGUAUAUGGGUUUUGUUUCUAAACAGAAAUAAGAGCUACCAACUAGGCGUCGACAUUGUCAGGUAAUAAUAGUUCUUGAGAGAAGGCUGCUUAUGAUGCAUAUUAUUAUUACCAUCAUCAAGGAUCUAAUAUGUGCUGUUUUUACUUUUA